AUGGCAUCGCUUGCAGUUUUUCUUUUAAUAUGUGUAACAUUCUGUGCAAUGUCUCAAGAUUUAUCUCCUACGGACGCCAUUACCAAACUGGAUGUAACAGGUGAACAAGGAGAAACCAUAAGCUUCCCCUUGCAACUUUCCAUUACUCUCGGUGACGAGAAUGGAGAAAAUGGACCACAAGGAAAUGGAGAAAAUUUCAGAAAUAUAUUUGAUCAGUGCAAAUAUUUAGUUGGUAGUAGUCAGAUACCUUUUUGUCGGUUAAAUCCAGUAACCAAAUCUUCUGAGGUUAACGUUACUUAUCCAAAAAGUUGCAGAGAAAUUUUAGAAACAGGAAAUAAUAAAUCUGGAGUAUAUGAAAUAAAACCACUUUUAAGCAACAAGCCAUUUGCUGUUCUUUGCGAUAUGGAAACUAGAGGUGGUGGUUGGACACAUAUUCAAAACCGCUUUGAUGGAUCUCAGAACUUUUAUCUACCUUGGAUAGACUACAAGUUUGGAUUUGGAGAUUUAGAAAGGGAAUUUUGGAUGGGAUUGGAGAAUAUUUACCAUACGACAGCAUCUGAGACAAGUGAGCUAUUAAUAGAAGUGACGGACACGAAUAAUAGAAUCGGAUAUGCACAAUACACAUCAUUUGUAAUAGACCCCGAAAGAAACGGAUAUACCUUAACGGAACUGGAUGGAUUUUCCGGAGAUGCAGGUGAUUCUUUAAGUUUUCAUGUUGGGGCAAGAUUUUCAACAUUAGAUGUGGAUCAAGACGCAAAAGAAAAUAAAAGUUGCGCGAUAGAUUAUGAGUCUGGUUGGUGGUUUGCAAAUUGUUUGGACAGUAAUCUUAAUGGAAAGUAUAUGAAUAUAGUAUUUGAUGACACAUCCCAUCACCUUGGGCUUAUUUGGCCGUCAUUUACAGACAGUACUGAAAAUUUAGCAGGAUCAAGAAUGAUGAUACGAGCACCUACUACUCGUACCACAUAA